AUGCCCAAGCUACCGACUACGCCAUCAGGAGGGCAGCGGGCAGGAGCGGGCAGGCGCGGGCGCAGGUGCAGCGGGGUCGGUCGUGGCUUCUCCCGGGGGAGAGAGAUCAGGGCGGACGGGGAGUGUGCGGAAGGGGGCGGGAGGCUGGCAGGGAGAGCGAUGCUCGGUCAACAAGGGCGGACGGGAGAAUGGGGAGAAGAGAGCUUGGAGUUGGAGGUUCCUCACGCACAACGCACCCGCCUGGAGAAGCCUGGAGAAGCCUCACGCACCCGGGCCCGCUGUACCCACCAGCACCCCACACUGUGCAGCGCUGUGCCGCUCGGGGAGGGUGGGUGGUUUGUUGGCGCUGUUCGCUGUUGGGCAGUGGAGCACCUCACGAGGCGGACAAGGUUAUACAAGCGGCGGCUCUCUCCCUCCUCACCAUUUCUCACCGUCUGUCAGAGGAACAUCUCGAACGCCCAGCUCAUGAACAAAGCUACGACCAUUUCCGGCGUGGCGCGGGUCUACCUGGCCUCCGACACCAACGCGCCCCAUCAGCUUGGAGCUGCGUGUGCUUCCCACGGGAGAGACAGCCUACCUACUUUUAUCGGCCUCAAAGGUCGAUGGGCCAUGGGCCCUGCUGACCAACUGCUGUCUUGCAUAGAUCCCUAA